AUGAAGGUAAAGAAGGAUACCGAAUUCGUCUUUACAAAGACAAAAGAAGGCGGUCUAAAAAUGGUUUACGAGGAUAAGGAUUGGGGAACCGUCAAUAAUAAAUGGAUCGCCAAAAACUUCAUUAUGAGUUACUUAGAUCCCAAAGCACCAUCUAGUGAAGCUGCUUUGAUUGAUAUUGCUGAUGGUCUUGAGAGGCUUUUAAAUGAAUCCAAAUAA